GAGAAUGAUUCGCCCAUGAGCUCGGAACCAUCUACUCCUUCUGCUGAGGUAAUCAGCUGCUCCCCUAUAGGAACGCCUGGAACUCCCCUUCGCAGACCCCGGGCGUCUGUAUCCCCCUCCCCUCUCAUUGUACUCAACAAUCAAGAAACUAAUGGUGACCAAAGAUCUCGCCGACAAAGACGUACGAGCACUCCCCAUCGUAACUCUGGUGGCGAUGGCUGUGACUCUCACUGUAAAGACCAUGUAGGUGGAGUUGUGGUUUUAGCCUUCAACACCAAGUCUGAUCGCACCAUCAACCGUGGAACAUGUCUCG